AUGUCGGACACAAAGUUGAACACUCAGCAAAGCGAUGGUGACAGGCUGCUGGAGUUAAAUCGGUCCCAAUCCUCCAUCUCUUCCUGGUCUAUGCUGUUUGCCUUCCUCUGCCAGGUGGUUCCUGUUCUUUACCUUAUGGACCAGUUCCAUAGCUCUGUGUCUUUCUAUGGCGAUAGCUACAUCCACUUGCGGACAGUGGAGGCGUCCAAUCAGACAUUGCUCCAUGUACGAUUUCGAACCUCCAGUCAGGUGGGGCUGCUAUUUUUGGCAGCUGGACGCAGAGACUUCUUGUUGUUGGAGCUGAUCUCUGGGCACCUGCAGGUACGUCUGGAUCUGGGCUCUGGUGAGCAUUCACUACGCUCAGAAAAAGGCAUCCAUCUUAGUGACCUGGCAUGGCACUCAAUGGAGCUGACCCAUGACUACCAUAAUGUCACCAUGACCGUGGACCGAAACUCUCAUACCAGACUCCGUAUGCCAGGACCAGAUCUGGAGCUCAGUGUUGAGGAUGGGCUUUUUGUUGGCAGGGCAGCUGGACUAAAUAACCCACACCUUCUCAACAUCUCCACCGGGUUUAGAGGUUGUGUAGAUGAAGUUGUAUUCAAUGAGCAUAACUUGCUGUCCAGCCUAAGGCCUUAUUCUGGAUACAAGAGCAUCCAUGAGGUAUCUCUGGGCUGUAGUCAACAGUUUUCUGCAACAGAAGAAGAUUCUGUCAGUUUUUUCAGCUCUAAAGCCUUUAUUUCUCUCCCACCGUGGGAGGUGCCACAGGAGGGGGUGUUUGAAUGUGAAUUACAUCCCUCUGCAAAAGAAGAAGAUGGCAUGAUCCUGUACAGCUCUGGCAACCAAGGAGGGUUCGUUGCUGUAGAGAUCAGAGAGGGUCGUCUGGUGGCAACAGUAGGAAAUGGAGAGGGCAAUAAAAUUGAGUUGCGUUCUUUAACAUAUGUCCACAGUAACCUCACCUGGUACCCCAUACAGCUUCACCUGCUGCCCCAGAGUGUCCAGUUGAAGGUGGGCGAGGAGUUGGUCAAGGCCAACCUAAGUCUGGAGCUCCAGGUUAUCCAGCUCAAAGGGCCUCUCUUCCUGGGAGGGCUGGAUGAAGAAGCCCUGCGAGAGGCAAAGCAAGCUGGGCUAUUGUCUGUUGUACCAAGGGGGCAACUUGCUGGGGCAGGAGGCUCUUUUAAAGGCUGCCUCAGAGAAAUUAGGGUGAAUACUCAAAGAACGGGCCUACCUCAUGCUGCUGUUACCAAGGACAUCACUGUGGGCUGUAAGACAGGGAAAGCUCCAGAUGCAAUGACCACUGCCAGUCCCAAAAACCGUUCAGAGUUUGACGAUACAACCAAACAACAAAUUACCAACAAUAAAAGGAACUUCUUGUUGCUGAGAAAGCUAGAGGUAGCAGAGGGAGGCCGGGCACCACUGGAGCCCAAACACAUGAGGGUAAACCUUGAUUUUCGGAAAUUGGGCAUUCAUCCAUCGAAGUUGAUGUUCCGCAUUGAGAGGCAGCCUGUCCAUGGCCAGCUCAGACUGGACCUCAGUCCGGGCUCUGAUGGAAUGCUUGAGGUUGACCAGACUUUCAGUAUGCUAGACCUGUGGCAGGGCCGGGUGAUGUAUGUUCACAGUGGGUCAGAAGUCCAGCAGGACUUCUUCAUGUUUUCAGUCUUCUCAAGCAGUAAAAAGGAGUUGCCUGCAUUUCUGAAGGGCAACCGCCUACACCGGUUUGAUAUCAUAAUCAGUCCUGUUAAUGAUGCACCAGUGCUCAGCCUGCCAGAAGGAAACCUUUUCACUGUGGCUGAGAAGUCCAAACGACAGCUGACAACAGAUGUGCUGAGGGUGUCGGACCCUGACAGCAGUCCUGCAGAGCUGGUGUUCAGCUCCCUGGGAAACCUCACUACUGAGGUUGGAUACCUUGAGCACCAGGAUUACCCCGGCAGGGCCAUUAAUUUGUUCUCUCUGAAUGAUCUGGAGGAGGGAAAGAUCAGCUUUGUCCACACUGGGAUCCCCACCUCCAGGCUGGCACUCAGGGUCAGUGAUGGGAUAAUGCUGAGCAACACAGUGGUUUUGAGAAUUAUGGCAUUGCCACUUGAACACAAACUGAUGAAUAACACCGGACUAGAGAUAAACCAAGGCGGGGCUGCCAUCAUCACAACCAUUCACCUUGCGGUACAAGUCAAUGGAGCUAGUCGAGCAGUGGAAAUCCACUAUAAUGUUACAGAACUGCCACAAUAUGGUGAGCUCCAGCUGUUGCACUCAAGUGGUGACUGGAAACCGACAACGUCCUUCUCUCAGAACCUUCUGGAAAAAGAACGCAUCAGAUACAUCAACACAUACUAUGGCCUUCAGACUCAGAACAACAUCACUGAUCACUUUAAAUGUAAAAUCAUCAUUGGUUCCAUCACUACAGACGAGGUUGCUUUCCGCAUUGUGGUACGCUGGAUUCACUUCAAGGUCACACGCAGCAAGAUGGAGGUCAACGGUGUUCAGUCUACUAUUAUCACUCCCAGGGACCUCAAUGUGAUCUCUAAGGGUGCUAAACUCAAUGAAAGUGACCUGUAUUUCAGGCUCCUAACAAUACCAAAAAAAGGGAGAUUAUUCUUCAACAACAAAGCUCUACAAAGGAACUCAACGUUCAGCCAAAAGAAUAUCACAGAUGGCUUGGUGAAGUACGAGCUGCUCAAAAUUCUGCAGGAUGACACAAGAGACAUAUUCAACUUUCAGGUGUUUUCAACACAUGCCAACUCAGCAACUUACGACUUCAGAAUCAACAUCAAAGCUGAGUCAUCCACCAUCACCUUUGUAAAUAAAGGCCUUUCGGUCUUAGAAGGAGAAAGUAAAGUCAUCAACAAAGAUAUCCUGUUCAUUCACACAGCAAGUAACAGGGAGGUCACCUACAGUGUUAUGUUGAGCCCCAGGCAUGGGCAGAUAAGGAGGAUCAACCUUUCCAACUCAACUUACAACAACGACAACAUUGUAACAUUCACAAAUCAAGAUAUCAUUGAGGAGAGGAUUAUGUAUGUUCAUGAUGACAGCGAGACCAAGCAGGAUUCCUUUACUUUUCAAAUUAUGGUUUACAAACUGCACAAAUACGACAGUAAGAAGGAAGACGGAAACACAGCUGAAUACACCUUUAAUAUCUCUGUGCAGCUCGUCAAUGAUCAGAGACCUGUGAGGGUUGUUGAUAAAGUUUUCCAUGUCGCCCGUGAUGGGCAAAGAUUGGUGACAGUGAAUGACCUUUGUUUCCGGGAUGAUGACUCUGAUUUUGAGGACAGUUGGUUGGUGUACACACGGAGGGGGAUUCCCAUGGGAGACCUGGUGCUGGCCAGUGAUACCAGUCACAAGUUGUAUGAGUUCACACAGCGGGACCUCGAGCAGAAAAGGGUGCUGUUUGUCCACAGAGGAGUGAGUUUUGGGCGUUUUGUUCUUUUCGUAUCAGAUGGAAAACAUUAUGUUUCAACAUUGUUGGAGGUGGUGGCCCAGGAUCCCUACAUUCAGGUUGAGAACAACACAGGCCUCAUAGUCCAGCGUGGUGGGAUCACAACCUUGACUUCUGCUAACCUCAGUGUCUUCAGCAACAUUGACAUUCGAGACCCACAGGAAGUGACAUUUGAGGUCUUCCUUCCACCUAAACAUGGCAUGCUCUGCUUUAAUGAUGGAGAUCAGGAGACUAUAACAGAAGCAGAUGCAAUUUCAAUAUUCACAAAUCGAGAUUUGGUGAUGGGGCGCCUGGCCUAUCGCCACGAUGGCAGCCAAGAGCUGUCAGAUGGAUUCAAUGUGACAGUUAAAGCAAGGGAGAAGAGCACAGAGAGGCAACUGGACAGAGGAAGGAGGGAGGUACAUCUGGACACUGGAGUGGUGGUAAAAAUCUACCUGGAGAGUCACCAGAGGCCACCAACGGUCAUAAGUAACCAUCCAGUGGUGGUGUCCGAGAGACAUAAUGUCCCUAUAAGCAGGGAGCACUUAGAGGUGGUUCAUGAGGACAGCCAGCCCUCAGAGAUAGUUUUUACUGUCCAAAGUCCUCCCACCCUGGGCUUCCUUCAGAACACUGGAGAACAGCAGCACCUUUAUCAGAGAGAGCAUCCAACUUACUCCUUCACUCAGGAGGACCUCAACCAAGGAUUAAUCAUCUACCAUCAGCAGGCUGCAGGAAGCACCAACGACUCUGUUCUGUUAGAAGCAACCAACGGGGUCACAAAGGUUGGACCCAUCAGGUUGGAGAUUGAUAUCAUCCCGAUCCUGCUCCCACUACAGGUGUCUGACUUAACCCUUGAUGAGGGUUCUUCACUGCCACUGACCUCUGACAUCAUCCAGGUCGCUAAUCAUCACUUCAUAGGGAUGAACUUCCUGUACCAGGUCAUCGUUCCACCACGACAUGGACACUUAGAGCAUAACCGGAUCCCAGGAAUGCCCAUCACUGCUUUUACUCACACUGAGGUUGAACGUGAGUACAUCUCUUAUAUCCAUGACGGCUCUGACACACAGAGAGACAACUUUACCAUUGUGGCUAAUCAGACGGAAACCAAGAAGCACAGUCUGCCCUGCACUGUUUACGUCCACGUCACACCUGUCAAUGAUGAGACUCCUGUUGUUGUAGCCAACAAUGGUCUGAAGGUGUGGGUGGGCUCAGUCACAGAAAUCACCACAGAUGAUCUUAGUGCAGAGGACUUGGACACACUGCCUGAUGGGCUGGAGUUCGUCGUCACACCACCCAGCAAUGGCCACCUGGCCCUGAGGAACGCCCCGUCCAGACACAUCCUGAAUUUCACUCAGAGUCACAUACAAACUGGACAGCUGGUGUUUGUGCACAGUGGUGCUAUGACAGGUGGCUUUCACUUCCAGGUGAAUGACGGCCUGAACUUUGCCCCACGUCAGAUCUUCAGCACAACUGCCCACUCUCUGGUCCUCACCCUGCAGAGAAAUCAUCCAAUUGAGGUCUACCCAGGAUCUGUGACACCAAUCUCUGAGCAGGAGCUUCUAGCUGUGACCAACAAUGUCAGCGACAUCAGAAGAAACAGAUCUGUGGUGUUCACAGUGACCGCUCCUCCUAAAUUUGGUCACCUGGUCCAACGUAUGGCCGACAACUCUACAAAAAACAUUUCCACGUUCACACAAAGCAUGGUGAAUGAUGGUGUUAUCUUGUAUGAUCAGAAGAAGCCAGAGUCAGUGGGAUGGUUGGCUACAGACUCCUUUUUUUUCACCGUGUCCUCUCCUCCUGCUUUUCUUCCCCCGCACAACUUCACCAUCUUAAUCUCAUAUCAAGCCAACGAACAUCACGAUUACCAUCAGCGCAAGACCAGACUACUGAACAACGCAGGUGCUGUGGUGGCAGAGGGAGGCAGGGUGAUGAUUGACAGGUCUAAACUCGAUGCCUCCAAUCUACUUGGGAAAAUCCCAGAGCCCCACAGAAAAGACCACCACAUCCUGUACCGUGUAAUUUCCCUGCCACGCCAUGGGGCUCUGUCUAUACGAGGACACAACCUCACCGGGAACCAACCUGAUUUCUCCCAGUUCACUCUAAACAAGUUCGGCAUCACAUACAUCCACGAUGACUCAGAGACGACGAGCGACAGCUUCACUUUCCGGGCCUGGGUGGCUCCUUUGGAUCUCUCCUCUUCUCCGUCCUCACCUUCCUUGACUGCUUUGUCCUCUGAUUCCUCCUCCUCCUUUUCCCCUCUCUAUUCCACCUCAUCAUCCUCCCUUCCAUCAUCAGACAGGGUUUCUUAUACCAAGGACAGUCUGACAGUGACAGAGAAGUUCAACAUCACAGUGACACCGGUCAACGACCAUCCACCACUCAUUAGGAGCAGAUCUCCCAGUAUGAAGGUUGUGGUUGGAGAGAGUGUUGUACUUGGACCAGACAAUCUGCAGGUAGAGGAUCAUGACACCCCUCCAGAGGAGCUGCACUACUUUGUGAUCAGUAAGCCCAACAACGGCUACCUGACGCUGGGGGAAAGACCGGAGCCAGUGACGUCCUUCACACAGUACGAUGUCAACCACGGCCGGCUGCACUUUAAACAGCAGGGGGAGCCCUCAACAGGUGUGCUCUACUUCAACAUAACUGACGGCCAUCAUCGUCCGCUCUACAGACUGUUUAGUUUGGAGGUGAUAAAGCCCUCUAUCUCCUUGGUGAACAACACUGGCCUAUCUUUGGUUCAAGGCAAGACUGCUGUGGUCCUGACAACCAACCAGCUCGCAGCUCAAACCAACAGUCGCAGCCCAGCCAAAAUCACCUAUGCCGUCACCGCACACCCUCGUCACGGACGCAUUGCUAUUAAUGACCAGGAAGUCACGACCUUCUGCCACGAGGACCUGCAGUUUGGCCGUGUUGUCUAUCACAUGACUGAACUCAGUGAAUCAGAGGACAGCUUCCAGAUAUCAGUGUCAGCCUCGUCCCCCAGUGUUGACUAUGGAAAUGUGACAGCACAGACGGUGAAGGUAACUGUGCGGCCUCUGGUCUACCUGAGGGAGGCAGUACGAGUGCCCAGUGGUAUCGCUGUGAAACUGGGGAAAGCCAUGAUCGAUGCAUCUGAGCUGGCCAGAAUCAGCCGGGCUGACCCAGUCUUUGUGGUUCUGUCUCCACCAAAACAUGGAAAACUAGUCAAGAUGACGUAUGAUCCGAAUCGAGCGUCAGAGGUCCUGAAGUCAUUUACGUUCAGAGAUGUGGUGCAAGGCCGGGUUGCCAUCGAGGAGACUCUCAGUGAUGGUGACAACCAGCUCAAUAAUAACAAAUCAGCUGUCACAACAGCUCGAGGUCACACUCCUGCCACGCCUCUCAAUGAUUCUUUCAUGUUCCUGGUGAAGGCUGGAAAUGUCCAACCAGCGAAGGGCGAGCUUCACUUCACCAUCUUUCCCCACCACCAGAUGUAUCAUGGUCCGAGCAGUUCAAAUAAAGCAGAUGGCGUUAGUCGGGAACACACGACAACUCAUCUGACAACACAUAACAGGACUUCUACCGGAGGAGGGAGAGGAGGUGGACGAGGGGGAUCCACAACCCAGAGCGGGGUAAUGGCGGAUCUGCCACCCCACAUUUUGUCACCAAAGAGCAACAACAGGACUCAGCACAAGUGGAGGCCUCAUAGCCGCUGGGGGAACCACACACGCAGUGGGAGUCAUGGAGGAAAAUCAGGGAGCGGUGUAGAGGGAGUAGGAGGGGGUCACAGCCAUGCCCCACAACCCCAUGAUCCUUCUGUCUCAGACAAACAUGGUUUAGUGAUCCCUCCUGACACCCACCCAAUUCACCUUGAGUUCCUCCCUCGCCCAUCCUCUGACCCUCUGCUUAUCAUUCUGCCUCUUCUGGCAUGUUUGCUCCUCAUCAUAAUCCUUGUAGUUUUGAUUCUGGUCUUCCGCCGGCGCAAGGAGAAACAGGCCCGGCUACGUCUCCUCCAGCAGCUCGCUGCAGUGACCCAGUUACCCACUCACAGCAGCCCUUACGUGGGCCGGGCAGAGCGGAGCGUGGCUGUGCCCUCUGUGGUGGUCACCCAACUGGGCCCUAGAAGCUGCCCUUCCUCACCCAAGAUAUCCACAGGUCCCAGAAGGAUGACUCUGGCUCCUGGGAUGACCUUCUGGGAGCCGUGUAAUGCUCAUGGACCGGGUGGUAAUAGGAAUAUUAGAGGCUAUAACAGUAGUGAAAGAGAUAAUAUAAAUCGUCAUGGUGCGGGAAUCAAGACCUCUCUGACAUCCCUGUCCCCUACUCCGACUCUUAAAGACAACCAGUACUGGGUUUGAUGGAAGUAAUUAGAAAAGUGAAAGAAAAACUGUGCCUUGAUGUGAAUGGUAUUAAUGGCAUGUGCAUGCUCUCUAUAAUUGUCUAAGGCACAUGUGAUCUGAUAUGAACUUUUUAAAAGGAGAACAGAAAUAUGCACAUUUGUUGAAGACAUUUUCUGUAGGGGAUGUUUAAUGCCACUAUAUUUAAGUCAUUUCUAUGAACCACCCUAAGCUGAACACAUCUUUAUGUAGUACUCUCUGUUAUUUCAUCUGUAAGACAUUACCCGGCUACCUAGGAGGUGUGCGGUACCAUUCAAAGUAAACAGAAUCUAUUAUUAUUGCUUAGACAGCUGUUUGUUUUUGUCCUUUCAAAUUCAAUGCAAUGGUGUAACACGAGGACGACCAUAACCGGUUCUUCUUGUAACCAACAAUCUGACUGAUUCCUCAAAAACAUCAGUUUUAACAUCUAUAACUGUGAUGAGAAUAGUAUUAUAUUUUUGGAACUGUUGCUGAACAAGGAAGUGAAACAUGAGCUGAAAAAACUAUCCAGUUUAAUGUAGCUGAAUUUAGAGUUAGCUCAACUGUGACUUCGUAGUGUAGUGGUAAUUAUACUGUAACUGUACAGAGUUGACGUGUUACUUCUUCAAUACAAUGUAUGUCAGCUGGUAGAUCAUAGCUGAGCUGUAAGCUUCCAAGUCCAUGCAUGCAAACUAUUUAAAGAACAUUCACCUGUCAUGCACUGGCACAGGUGUCAUUCACUUUGACUGCCAUAUACAUGUUUCUGUCCUGUUUUAGUCCAUACAGUAUUAACAAAAGACACUAGUAGCAACUUCAGCAUUUUGUCACAUUUAUGCCAUCCUCUAUU